UUCUUCGGUAUGUUCUUUCUCUCCAUAUCUGCAGAGGGAUAAAGAAACUGAGAGAAUCUCUGCCUCCAACUCAGCUGAAAGAAAAGCUACCUCGCUUCUUUCACAAAUGCGCUCAGACAUUUGAGUCUGAUGAGCGCUACAGGAACGAUCCUCGCUACCUUCGAGUUUGGUUGCAGUUGAUGGAUUAUGUGGAUGAACCAAGUUCGCUAUUGAGAACCAUGGAGAAGAAUCAGAUUGGGAUGAAGAGGUCAUUGUUUUACCAAGCAUAUGCUUUGUGCUAUGAAAAGAUGAAGAAAUAUGAGGCGGCUGAGCAGAUGUACCAGAUAGGUGUCCAGAAUUUUUGGGUGGAAAACCAGCCUUGCUGAGCCUGUUGACGAGUUGCAAAAUCGUAUGAACAGUUUCUUCAUCGUAUGCAGAUCGCCUUAAGAGCUGAUAAAAGACCUGUACAGCUGCAGUGAGGACUGAUGUGAACAAUGAAACGUAUGCAUUACUAAAGCUGAAGGGAAACAAAUUCAAGAUGGAAGCACUGGUCUUGUGAAGAAGCCUUUUGAGGAAUCCAACCGUCCUGGAUCAAAUGGAAACAGCAGCUGGAAUGGUGGGUUUGAAGUCUAUGUGGAUUCAAACGUGGAGGUCAGUGGAACCAAGCCAUUGAGCAAUGCUGGAAAGAAAGAGCCUCUUCAAAUAUUGAUCGAUGAUGAAAUGCACCAAGAGGCUGAAUUUUGUGAAGAGGAGGAGGAAGAAGAAGACUCCCCUUUUGUAUUCACAUGUCCGCAGGAUCUUUCAGCAUCUGAAGAAGGUGGCUCGAGGUCCCCAAGAAACAAACUUACGAGGGAGGAUACAGUGGUUCAUCGGUUUGUUGGGUCCACCAUUUCGGACAAACCGGAAGUGGAGAAUCUAUGCCACCAUGGGUUGGUUGAUCCCACAGUGAACUUGAAGCAAGCCAUGGAACACAUCAACAACAUGUUUGGGGAGCCCAUAGAGUUUGCAAGCGCCAAGGGAGCAAAGCAGCCGGUGAGACAACAACAAGAACAGCAACAACUUGGUGGUGGUGGGUUUUUUAUACUGCCCGAUGAUGAUGAAUUUGAUGGAAAACAAAGCCAGCCAGUGAAGAAACAAGAACAAAAAAAUGGUGGUAUUUUUUUGUACUGCCUGAUGGAUGAUGAUGAUGCUGUUGAUGAUAACCAAAACCAGACAGGUAAGAAAAUGCAAGAAGAAGUUGGCGGGUUCUCAAUAUUGCCAGCUGAUGUUGUUAAUCAUCAUCAAGAAAGCAAAACAUCAUCAUCUGAUACAAGGGGAUCAGACUUGUUUGAGCCAACUCUGUUCACUAUACAGGCAAUGCAUGACAUUAACAAGUUGUUUGGGACGCUACUGGAUUUUUAGCCCUUAUAAGGGUAAGUGGCUUCUUCUCCUUGUUGAAACGAAGUUUCAUUUUCUCAA